GCUCUUUCCACCUAGCCAGUACUCCCCUUCUUUUGUGCAGCGACACACUACGCGAUCGUCGUCGAGAUACACCCAAGCCCCUUCUUUGUUUACUCCUGCCGCCUCACCUGCCCUGCAAAGAUUUGCCUCAGACUGCAGGAGGCAUUCCAUCGUCCCGACUGGCUGGUUUACACGCCGACACUUUCUCCAAGUGCAACGCCUACGCCACGCUUCCACAAUGACCACCUUCAAGAAGCCUCUGCUGGCUCUAAAUCGCCUAGUGGGCCACUCGAGCGCCAAAAACCACAUGUCAAAACUCAAGCUCGGCAAGACAGAAAAUCUCCAGGACGAGCGCCGCGACAGCCACCUCAAGCAAGUCUACGAGAAGACCGCCAAGAAGUCCAGCGAAGCCGUAGAACGCAAGUCGCUGCAGGCCAAACGCAAACAGGAGGAAGCUGAGCGUCAUGCCGCGGAGAAGCCAGAGAUUCAGUCUCGCUACGGCAGCAAGAACCCACACACUCUACCUGUAUCUGCCAAACUCGAGGAGCUCGACUCCUGGGCGGAGGGCCAGACCUUGCGCUUCAUUGCCCGCAUUCACCAUGUGCGCAAUGUCAGCGCUAAACUUGCGUUCAUCCUGCUGAGACAGAGGACCGUCACUGUGCAGUCUGUGCUCACAGUCCGCGAAAAUGCAGUCACAGAGUCCUUUGUGCGUUGGGCUGAGCACCUCAAGCCCGAGUCGCUGGUCUUUGUCGAGGCUGUCGUCAGGAAGGCGCCCGAACCUGUCAAAACAUGCAAUGUUCACGACUACGAGCUCCACAUUGAAAGCAUGCACAGCAUUGUCGAGGUCGAUGAGGCCCUGCCCAUAGACGUGUACAACAUCGACCAGGUCGAAGAAAAUCCCGAAACAAAGCAGGUCGAGCUGCGCGCAUCAAACAGGAUGCGUACGACCAACCGCAUCGCAUAUUUGCGCACACCAACAAUGCAGAGCGUAUUCCGCAUCCAGUCCACCGUCACAAACAUUUUCCGCUCCGUACUCAAUGAGCGAGGUUUCACGGAAAUCCACACCCCCAAGCUACAGCCUGCUGCCACGGAAUCAGGGGCCUCAGUUUUCCCAGUGAAGUACUUUGGGAGAACAGCAUACUUGGCACAGAGUCCUCAACUAGCAAAGCAGAUGUGUAUCUCUGCUGAUUUCGACCGCGUCUUUGAGAUUGGCCCAGUGUUCCGUGCCGAGGACAGCAACACGCAUCGCCACCUGACAGAGUACACCGGCCUCGACCUGGAAAUGGCAAUUGACAGGCACUACCACGAGGCUCUCGACAUGAUCGACGCUGUAUUCAAGGCAAUCUUCACCGCCAUAUACCGCAAGCACUCCAAGGAGUUGGACCUGAUCAAAACCCGCUUUCCGCAUGAGGAUCUCGUGUGGCUGGACCACACGCCACGCCUCAGUUUCAAGGAAGCCAUUGCGCUGCUCAACGAGUCUGGUUGGACGGAUGAUGAUGGUAAGCCUGCACUUGACACGGAGGACCUCAGCACCCGCGCCGAGAUACGCGUCGGGCAGCUCGUCAAGGAAAAGUACGGUACGGACUACUAUAUCAUCGACAAGUUCCCAGCCUCGGCUCGUCCUUUCUAUACCCACCUCGACGAAGAAGACCCGGCGUACACAAAUUCCUUUGAUAUCUUCCUCCGUGGUCAAGAGAUUGUCAGCGGUGGCCAAAGAAUCCACGACGCGGCCACACUAGCCGACAGAAUGCGCAAGGUCGGAGUCGAUCCCGCCGCCAUGGAAGAAUACUUCCAGGGUUUCCAGUGGGGAGCGCCCCCCCACGCUGGAUGUGGUGUUGGUCUCGAGAGAUUCCUUUUCCUCAUGCUCAACUUGGGUGAUAUUCGCAACGCAUCCCUAUUCCCCCGCGACCCCAAGUCUCUCCAGAGCAAGCCCAAGCAUCUGCAGGAGGAGUUGCCACAUCCUGAUGCCGAUACAAUCAAAUAUGCCUAUGAGGGCUUUGCGAAUCGCUCGCCCUUGCCCUCACUGGAAGACUUGAUUGCCAACUAUGGUGAUGCUACCAACACUUCGUGGCUGGACGAUCGCUACACUGUAUGGAGACACGAGAUCACCGGCGCGGCUAUUGGCUACGCCAAGGAAAAUGGCUACGCUCUGAUCAUGGGAAACCCUCUUUGCGAUCCUCGGCAAUACCCCACCGUCAUGCAUGAUUUCCUCCACGAUCUGACUGUCAAAGAAGAUCUUCGACCCCUCUGGCUCCUGGUUUCUGCCGAGGUUGAAGAGAUCCUAAGCAGCAAGCUGGGCUGGCGGAGUCUGGCAUGCGUCGGGGAGGAGCGUGUGUCUGUGGAAGACGCUAUCAGCGAGAGCGUAGCCAAGAAAGAGAAGCAGGCCAAGAAGGCUGACGUCAAGAUUCACGAGCUGGGACUUGGCCAAGAUGUUCCGGCAGAUGUGCGUGCUCGUAUCGACGAGCGCAUCAAGGAGUGGGAAGAAGGUCGCAAGAACAGCGGUCGUGUACAAGUCCACAUCACUGACGUCCGCCCUUGGGUUGAUAUGGCUCACCGGCGGUACCUGUGGGCAGAAGACAAGGAAGGCAAGGUCGUUGCGCUCUGCGUGCUUCACCAGCUGGCGCCGGCGCACGGCUACCAGAUCAAGUUUGCGCUCGACUUCCCCGGCUCGCCUAAUGGAUCCAUCGAAGCACUGAUUGCCAAGGCCAUCCAGAGCCUGUCCUCGGCCGGUGUCAAGAAUGUCACUUUUGGCGCAGGCGCUAUGACCGACAUUGUCGUCGGAUCCAAUAUGGGUGGCAUCAAGGCCAAGCUCUUGUCCAAGACGUACAAGACGGUCAUCAAGCAGCUCAAGCUCGUUCAGAAGAGCGAGUUUAGAGAAAAGUUUGGCGCCCACCAGGAGCCAGUCUUUAUCUGCUACCCAUUCCUGGGACUUGGCGUGUCUGGUACACGAACCUUGAUCAAGUUCUUUGAGGACGAGAUGUAAGUGCGGCUUUCGGCACCGAUGGUGCGCCUGUGGGUUCUGGAGGCGGCAGCAUUUCCCCAAUACCCUCCACAUCAGUCGAUGCUUUCCUAGCGAAUCAGCAUACAGUUGAUUAUAGCGUCCUCGCCUUGCUAGACUAUUGCAGAUGAUUUCCCCCGGUGUGUGUAGGAUGGGCGUGCGGUAGAUGGUGGUAGGAGAGACCAAACAGGUGGCGUGUGCAUGGGCCCGUCUGGCAAAAAGAGAUAGAGAGAGAGCAAGAGCUCGUGAAGCGUGAUAUCCAUUCUUGCAUUGAUACCAGAUAGCGAUUAGUUAAUGAAUAUUUAUUUUGUCUCUCAA